CCACUCCCACCCGAGUCUCACACAGCUCAGCGGGGCGGUGCGUGAGCCAGUCGAGCUCCGGGUCUUCGCACGCGACGGGUCUCGUCUGUAGGAUCUCGAGGCGCGCAGAAAUCUCACAACAUGGAGAAGGGUCAAGGACCACCCACAGAGACAGCCCCACCCUACCCAGGGCCCCCCCUGAAUUCAUACGGAGGCAUGGCAAUGCCCACCCAGCCUGGGGUCCAGCCUCCUCUUUAUCAAGGAAGUCCCAGCCAAGGCAUGUAUCCACCCCCGAACCAGUAUCCUGGUCCCCCCCCAGGACAAGUGCCAGUGGUGACCCAGGUGGUGAUGGUGGGACACCUCGCCGAUGCUCCAGGCCAGGCACAGUGCCCCCACUGCCAGCAGACGGCGAUCACCAGGACAGAACAUGCAUCGGGCCUGCUCACCUGGAUCCUCUGCGGCACCCUGGGCCUAUUCUUGUGCUGGCCAUGCUGCUUAAUCCCAUUCUGUGUGGACAGCUGCAAGGAUGUGAACCAUUACUGCUCCAACUGCAACCGACUAGUCUACGUGCACAAGCGCAUAUGAUCGCCCCGUGGCUUCCCAUCCGUGGCCAGUCGGUUGGAGCGAAGAUGAAGAGCAAGAGUGGCUUUGUGGGACUGAGGGCAUCUGCAUGAUGACUCCAGUGCAGCGGUGCUCUGGAAGACUGAGCGAGGGUGACAGCAGAUGAAUAGCAGAGUUCUUUGUCACCGGUGUUCCACAACUCUUUUGCAAACGUCCACUCGAGGUCACUCGCUGCUCUUGUAUGUAAACUGCAAAGCACCCUUGAGAAAUCUAUCCAAAGAAUCUUUAUCGGAAGUCCAAAGUUGGGUUUGUGAAAUAUUGCAAGAAAUUUACCGUAUAAUUUUUUUUUUUAACAUACAUUUUCUUCGCAGAUACCUGCAGUGCCUUUUUGUGACUUUUCAAUCUCUUCUUUUUUUUGCAAUUAUUGUUCCAGUGAUGUCAGUGCCAGUGUAAGUAUUUCUUUUAAAACCAUAAAUGAAGUGAUAAAACAGUAAAA